GGGAAAUCAACAUUUUAUUUUUUCUUCGCACACCUCCCUUCUCCCCCAUUGUCUUAUCCACUGCGGCUAAGCCAACCGAGAAGCCAGUGGGGAGAGAACAAUUCCCGGAGAAGAAGAAUGGGGCGGGGGACGGACAAGAUGAUGAAGGCAGCGCAGCGGUUAUGGAACACGCAGUACAAGCUCUUCACUGCCCGCUACGGCCACCAUUUCAUCGACCUCCUCCACCUUCCCGAACGUAUCCUUUUCGCUCCCUUCGACAUCUUCUAUGAAGUAGUUGGUUCCGCCCCACGCGGUUUCGGCCUUCCUGAGCUCGCCUCCAAGCUCUCCUUCUCUGCCAUCUUCGUGGUUGCUACGCUUGGGACUUACGAUAUCGCUUUGGAAUUGGGCAAGAAGGUGUUGUGCCCUAGGAAUUGUAGCACUUGCAAUGGAUGGCAGGCUCUGCGCUGCACUAUGUGCAAGGGUGCAGGAAAAGUGCAUUAUCAAGUGAAAAAUUAUAGUCCAAGAAGUGGGGAGAGGGUGACAGCAGAAUCUGUCGCAGAUGCCAUUGCUGAAAGCCGUGCUGAAUUACUUCACCUUCCUGCUUCUGUUGAUCUUUCUGUACCACUUCCUUCAAAAGAUUGUCCAAGCUGUGAUGGAUCCGGAGUAAUGGGCUGUCCAGAGUGCAAACACAAGUUGCAAGUUAGGAUUUCAGCUGACGAAAUCAUGGAACCUCCAUGGAAAGCAUAUAAUGUCAUGAGGAAGAUGGACUACCCAUAUGAGAACAUUGUUCAAAGCAUGAGAGAUCCAAAGAUUGCCACCUUCUGGCUGAUUACCAUGCCUCAGAUAGUGGGAGGAUUCAACUAUGAUGAGGACAUUAAGCAGAAAAUUUGGUGGGCUUACAAGGAAUCUAUGAGGUAUGAUCAACUCCGGGACUUGGUUGCUAAACGGAAACUUGGUUGGGAACACCUUCAGGAUGCUCUAAUCACGCUGGAUCCUGGUCGUGCAAGGAAUGAUCCAAUAAUUGUUAAAAAUAUCCCUUAUUACAGGGCAAAGAAGGCUCUUGAGUCUGAAGUAAUGAAGAUUGAUGUUCCACCUCGCCCACAAAAUUGGGGAGAGUUAGAUCUUCCACUACAUGCCUCUUCAUGGACGGAGGAGGAGCUUAAAGAUCCAAACAAAUUACUGGAGAUGACCUCCCUUCUCACUGCCCAAAGAGAAAUUGCAGACAAAAUAUUGGAUGCACAGUGGGAAGCAAAAUGGCGCCAAGAUAAGCUCAAUGAUCUACUGAAGGAAAAAUUACAACCAUAUAUAAAGAAUAUUGAAAAGGGGGAACUUCAACAACCAAUAGUGAUAAGAUCCAAUGCUCAAGAAAAAAAGAGGAAGACUGCAAGAAGAUGGUUUUUCUUUUAGUAGAGGCGUCUCUGGUGAAAAUUUAUGGAGCUCUAAUUCAUCUGUUGCUGGAGUUUUCGGUACAAUUAUUAGAUAUAUAUUUCUAGUUAUAUCACUUGCUUGUAUGGAUAAGUUCCACUUUGAAAUUCAUUCUUUCCCAUGUCCUUUCCCCUUUUCUUUGCUAAAUUUACUUAAAUACAUUAUCAUCAUUUUUGAGGCCAAUUGUAUUCUCUUGUAAAAAAUUAUCUAUCCUAUGCACGAUACUUUUCCUAAACGUGGGCAAAAUUGUUUAACAGAUUCUCUGUCAAACUUCGACAGAUUUAAGUGGAUCUAUCGUUUGUGAACCA